AUGGCCUUUACUAGAUAUCAACGACAACAAGCCCGACAACUUCAACAACAGCAACAAUCAGAACAACAGCAACAAUCACAACAACCACAACAACAACAACAACUACAACAACCAUCACAACAACAGCAACCAUCGCAACAAUCACCACAACAACUACAACAGCAACAACCACAACAACAACAACUCCAACCAAGAGGCCGUGGAAGGCCCAGAAAACCCAAUAACCAACAAAGACAACAAAAUAUUUUAAAAAGAGGCCGCGAUAAAACCGGAGGAGGGGUGACAGAAAGCAUGACAAUUGUUGCACAAAUAGUAGGAUGA